AAGGCUACAGCCCGUCAGCAUCAAAGAUCUCCCCCCGGAGCAGGAUCUACAGCUCAGCCCGGUCUCCCACAGGAGUGAGGAGGACUCCCUCCAGAGAGCUCGUGUCUUUCGGUCGACACAAGUUGAGGCGGCUGUCCCCAACCUUAUCAAGGACAAGUCAUGUCGCCUCCUCCUCCUCCUCCUCCUCCUCCUCCUCCUCCAAUCGCAGCCCCACAUAUCAGCGGGUGUUUAGGACACGCUACAAGAUGGUGACCCGUCCGGGCUCCAGCACCGCGCACAUAUCCCACUAUAACCCCGCCCUCACAUGGAGAGCCAAGAGGAUCCAGACUGCCAGGAGUUUCCUUCAGAAUCGUAUGCGACCCCCCCACGACAGACCCCCACCACACGCUCAGCACUGGAGAGGAAGCGCCAUGUGCUGGAUCGGUGGUUCCCUGUAUCGAGUGUCGGCCAAUAAGCUGUCCCGCACUGUGGGGUCCAACAUGUCCAUCAACAGAACAGGACGGACUUACGGCACCGCUCAGGUUUCAGCCACAUAUCCAGCGUACAACCGAGGCUCCAGCACUCGUCAUUUAGCCAGCCGUGCAGUCCAGCGGAGCCUCGCCAUCAUCAGACACGCUCAGCACAAGAAGCAGCAGAAGCAGUACUGCAUGUACUACAACCGCUUCGGAAAGUGUAACCGCGGCAACAGCUGCCCUUACAUCCACGACCCAGACAAGGUGGCCGUCUGCACCAGGUUUCUACGAGGGACGUGCAAGCAGGCAGACGGGACCUGCCCAUUCUCUCAUAAGGUUGCCAAGGAGAAGAUGCCCGUGUGCUCCUACUUCCUGAAGGGGAUCUGCAACAACAGCGACUGUCCCUACAGUCACGUCUACGUGUCCCGCAAAGCUGAAGUGUGUGAGGACUUUGUCAAAGGAUACUGUCCCGAGGGAGAGAAGUGUAAGAAGAAACACACUCUGGUGUGUCCAGACUUCUCCAAGACGGGAUCCUGUCCUCGAGGUGCAGGCUGUAAGCUUCAGCACCGCCAACGAGUCAAAAGAAGCCCCAGCACCGCUUCCACCUCCUCCUCGACCAGGAGAGGCCGGACCAGGGAGCCCUCCAAGAGGCCUCGUCUGACAGUUGUCAUGCCGCAGGACUCUCAGACAGAACCGGGGACCCCCCAAAAGGGUUCUCUGGAGCUGCCGUCCUUCAUCUCCCUCUCCAGCUCCCCAGAGGAGGCAGACGCACCGGACACGCCGACAGCUGAGACCUCACAGGUUAAAGGUAUGAACAAAAGAUUUAACCAACAAGACAAGAGCUCCUGAGAGUGUCGCACAGUUUACACAGAACGAUAGAAGAAAACCAGGAGAGCAUCCAGCGGUAACAGUGACCGAGGAAAUGUUCAUUAUUUAGUUUUCAGAUCAAAAAGAUUUCAGAAAGUUAGUUAGAAAAUGUGCUAAAUGAAUUACCUUGAGGGAGUGGCAGGGGGUGCAUGUGAGAACAACCAGAUCAGGAUUUCAGGUGCAGUCCUCCUAGGAGUGCAUAUGUGACAACGUCUUUAUUGUCUGAGUUCUUUAAAUGAUGUCAUUACUGAUCUCCGCAUCUCUAGUUUCCUCCAUAGCUUAUUGUUUUAAGUUGAUUGGAUCCAUAAAAAAAAACAGGGAAUAUAACAUCCAGACUGUGAAAAAAUCUAAUGUUCCUUAAGAGGACUUAACGGGGGCUUUACUGAGCCUAAAAGUGCUGACUGUCUGACGACAUAUUGUCCAGAGAUGUGUUGUUGAAGGAUCACGUUUGUCCUGAAAGCCUCCGGAUCAUUCCCCAGUCCAU